CUUUGUCACAUACACAUACAGCAGUGAUGUUUUGUAAUGUUUAUUAUGUAAAAAAUUCAAUAGCUCUAGACAUACGACAAUGUAGUUCUCAUUUAAAUGUUAGCAGAAGUUCUUCAAAUAUUCACACAAUAAGGAAAUUAUUUGUGAUAACCAUAAAAUAACUGUCUGAUUAAAAAAUAUUGGUACAAAGUGAAAUUUUAUAUGAGAAAGUGUUUAAUAAUCAAAAUUAUAGAUUUCACACAAUAAGGAAAUUAUUUGUGAUAACCAUAAAAUAACUGUCUGAUUAAAAAAUAUUGGUACAAAGUGAAAUUUUAUAUGAGAAAGUGUUUAAUAAUCAAAAUUAUAGAUUUUUAUCGUUGCAAAAUUUAAAGAUUCUUCAGUUUUGGUAAAUUAUUUUCAUUACUAGCACUUUAAGUAAUCUAAAUUCUUUGGAAAAUUCGAAAUCUAUAAAAUACAUAUACAAUUUGGUGUAAUGACUGAUUCAAAUAAUUCAGAUGAUAUGGUAAGCUCUCAGCAAUUUGGCAUGGGAGUGGGAGUUGGAGUAGGUGUUGGCAAUGUCGGAUCGAAUGCCAUGGGCAUGCCAAACUCUCAACAAGUUUUGGCACAGCAGCAACAACAACAGCAAUCCAUCGCGAUGCAACAACAAAUGCAGCAGAUGCAACAGCAACAAUUGCAACUGCAACAACAACAGCAGGCUGCCAUGGUUCAGCAGAAUAAUCAAAAUAGUAAUCAAGCCACAACACCACAAACUCCAGUCCCACCUACUCAGCCUCCAAUGCAACCACAGCAAACUAAGGAAGUCAAUACUGCCAGUUUAUGUAGAUGUGGACAAGAAACAGUACAAGAAAUUGUCAACCGUACCCAAGAACUCUUCCAGUUUCUUAAAUUGCUUCAACCACCUAAUGGUACAAACCAAGGGGCAAGUAUGGCAAAUGAUAAGAAGAUAAAGAUUUUCGACCAGUUGAGAAUAAUAAAAAUGAUGUUUAAACGUUUGAGAUUAAUAUAUGAAAAAUGUAAUGAGAAUUGUCAACUGCAAGGCAUGGAAUAUACACAUAUAGAAAGUUUAAUUCCAUUAAAAGAGGAAUGGGAUAUGAAAUCUGAUGAGAAAAAGACUUCGGAAGCCUACAGACUUAUCUGCGAAGAGAGCAAGGAAGUUAUGGAGCAAGUGAUAUUAAAAAAUAGGCACAUUAAGGAAAUAAUCGAUCACUUAAGGCGCAUUAUCUCAGAAAUAAAUACGAUGUUAAAUAUGCGUCGCUCUUAGAUAUAUUAAAAUGUUUAUCUAUAUAAUAUGUGAGAUAACUGUUUCGGCAAACAGUUACAAAAAUGCAUUUAACAAUAAAAUGCAGAUUUUCUUACACAGUAA